GCAAGGACUUGGUUGCUCGCUCUGCCGCCGUUUUUUCAACAACGGACAUUAUGACGAGCGUGUGUGGUGCUGUGGAUGAGCAGGCGAGGGCGCUGGUGAAGGUGCUUGCCAGCGCCAGGACGGGCGCGUCCGCACUGCCGCCAUUCAACCCAGCAACGUCAGCCACACACCGACGUGCCGGCGAAGGAAGAUUGGAGAAACUGUGUCAGCAGCGUGUGAACCUGGCUACCCAGGCCAUCUUUGAGCGAGGCCUUCGCGAACAAAGGGAUCUCGAGCACAGUCACAGCACAGAGGAUGAGUUGUAUGACAAAAUGGAUGAGCUGAACCAAAGCCUCCGACAGGCAUACGGCCAGCGGCGAAGGGAAGCGGCACUGGUCCGAAGCAUUCACGACAGUGCUGUUGUGACAGAAGCAAUGUACAGCGAAGCUAGCGAAACCACAACAGAGCUUCGAGGCAAGAUCCAGCAACGGGAUGAGCUGUGCUCUGCUUGUCUUCGUCUCUCCGACAGAUAUCGCGACCUCACGCAGGAGCUGGAGAUGAUCAACGCCGAUAUUCGAGACACCAUGCUCAGGAAUCGGCAGAUUUACAGCGAUAUUCAAGACCUUGAGCAACAGCUGGAAGCAGGAACCCAGGAGCCGCCGAGCCAAGCACUUGAUAAUGAGCGGCAGAAGUUGGAGAACGAGUAUGUGAAAAACGCCAUCCUUCGCAACACCUUGCAGCUGUUGAUUGUGGCGAGCGGCGUCGACUGGGCGGCUGACGAAAACUUGCUGGAGACCAUGCUGUCCCUGGACGAGCGUCCAUCUUUUGAUUCAUAGCCAACGUAACGUCCCUUGUGUGUGUGUGUGUGUGUGUGAAAUAGUGAAGUGAGAGUAGUGAGAGACGAAGGAAACAGUGUGUUGUGCGUGUGCGUGGUGAGUUGUGUUUUGUGUGCGUGAUGCUGGUUUGUUUUAUGUGUAAAUGCUCUUGCCUGCACUGGUUCACCGGUUCCAAUACAAAACACAAAGAAGAA